UGGUCUUAAAUAGAGAACAAAUUUAUUCGUUUUAGUAUUUCUUUUAACAACAUUAUUACAUCUUCAAUGAUAAAUGAUUAAUUUUACUUCUUAUUUCAUCAAAUUUUAACUUCUUUUUGUUUUAAAAUCUCUUUUACUUUCGUUUUUAUUAUCUGUAUAAUAAAGUUGACAGUACGAGUGACAUAGCUAAUUGGAUUACUACUAUUUUUUAUCUUGCUUUAAUAAUCUCGAAUCUAUCAUGAGUAAUGCAGAUACACCACAUAUGUUCAGCCCUUACGACUGGUUAGACGAAGCUGUUAUAUAUAAUAAAAGAUACGAAAUCAUACCAUCCGAGUGGAUCAGAGAAAACACAGACGUCCUUGUCUUACUGUUCUCUGCGAGAGGGACAGACAGAAAUGGCAUUGUCGAGAAAUUUUACGAGAUUUAUGAAAACGUCAAAUUCCUUAACCUGCCUAUAGAAGUCAUUUACGUACCCCUAGAAGAAACUGAAGAAGAAAUGAAACAGAGCUUCGAGAAACAGGCGAAUUGGUUUACUCUCAAACCUUAUGAUCCCCUGGUACUUAAACUCAAAUAUAUGUAUGAUAUUACAUGUAUACCUCAUAUAUUAGUUUUAAAAAUUGAUGGGACCAUAAUAUCGACUCACGGUAUGGUAGAUCUAGAGCAGUAUGGGAAAAAUGCUAUACUAACAUGGCUUUCUACUUCGGCAUCGUCGAAGAACCAUAGGAAGUUGAGCAAGGACGCCGCAAUGUAUGGUGACAAGUGGAAUUAUAUUAAUGCGCAAUCAAAUACAUCGAAACAUGAUUCGUAUCUAAGGAAAUUCAGCAUUCCCGAGACCUUGUAAAUUGACAUAACUCUUGGUAUUUUUUUCAUGUAAUCGGGUCAUUUUGUGUAAUUAAAUGAAUUUGUGAGCAUGUCACUCAAUAUCGCAAAUUGUCUAUGGUCUUUGAGACAGUCAGAGUGCUACGAAAGUGCUAGUUGCCACGCUUGGCAAGUUGGUUGGCGUGUACCUCAACGUCAACAGCCAAUAUUAAAACUCCAACACGCCCUCUUAAUCCUGGAUGUUGACCAGCAACUGUUUGACCACUGACUGAUUGCCGCAAUAUUAUACGAUAGCGUUAAUAUGCUUCCUCAGCUCAGAGAGUAAGGCACGGGCGUACACCGCUUCUCUUACCACCUCCAAUACUACUAUAUAUUACCUGUCUCGUUUUUUUUUCACUAAACUUAUUAUUUUUUAUCUCAAAUACAUAUAUGUUUUAUUACUGCACCCUGCUAUUUACAACAAGGUCUA